ACGACUGAAAACAAGAGGAUAGAGUAAAAGAAGGAGCUUAUUGAUUACAGCGUGGGCUACGAUGGCGGACGCGCGGACACAAUAGUAGUGGGAGGGGCAGGUCCCAGUGAAAAGUGUUAGCCCUCCUGCAUCACUCCCAGUGUCAGUGUGCUUCUCCUGCAGAGACCAUUCACCUUUCUCAUUCUUCCAGUGGACUUUGUCACUCUUCCAGUGGACUUUCUCACUCUUCCAGUGGACUUUGUCAUUCUUCCAGUGGACUUUGUCAUUCUUCCAGUGGACUCUGGGAUGCGUGCUAAAAGGUCAGGUGGACUGUGGCUGCUGUGCUUCUUGUUGGGAUGCAGGCGACUGGCAGCUUUCAACUUGGACACGGAGGAGGUCGUGCGGAAGAACGGAGAAGCAAACAGCUUGUUCGGCUUCUCCCUGGCCAUGCACCGGCAGCUGGAGCCCUCUGACAAAAGAAUCCUGCUGGUCGGGGCUCCCAAAGCCAGCGCCUUGAAUCGUCAAAUAGCCAAAGUGACGGGCGGCCUCUUCAGCUGUGACAUGAGCUCGUCCUCUCAAGGCUGCGACCGAGUGAACUUUGACAAUGAAGAGGACAUCAAAAAGGAGAGCAAGGAGAACCAGUGGAUGGGGGUGACAGUAAAGAGUCAGGGGCCAGGAGGCAAGGUGGUGACAUGUGCCCAUCGAUACCAGCGCAGGAGCAAUGUGAAGACCAAGCUUGAAUCCCGAGACAUCAUUGGCCGCUGCUAUGUGCUGAGUCAGGAUUUGAAAAUCAACUCCGAUUCAAGCGACGAGGGAGGAAAUUGGCACUUCUGUGACAGCCGGCCACGAGGACACGAGAUGUUUGGUUCCUGCCAGCAGGGCCUCUCAGCCACUUUCGACAAGGACUACCACUACAUCAUCUUCGGGGCUCCUGGAGCAUACAACUGGAAAGGUGUGGUGCGUCUGGAACAGAAUAACGACACCCUGCUAGAGUUGGGCAUCUAUGACGAUGGCCCCUUUGAGGCAGGAGACGAGAACGAAAAGGACCCUGAUCUCGUCCCCGCUGCUCCCAACAGUUACCUUGGUUUCUCUCUGGACUCAGGCAGCAGUCUGACCAAGAAAGGCCAGCUGACAGUUGUUGCUGGAGCACCAAGAGCCAACCACAGUGGCUCAGUGGUGAUGCUGAAGAAAGGCCCGGAAACCAGCAGCAUCCUGCUGCACGAGUACACGCUGGACGGGGAGGGGCUCGCCUCCUCUUUCGGUUACGACCUGGCCGUGUUGGACCUCAAUGGUGACGGUUGGGAAGACAUUGUGGUCGGAGCACCUCAGUACUUCGAGAAGGACGGAGAAAUCGGAGGCGCCGUCUAUGUCUACGUCAACAUGGCCGGCAAGUGGAACAAAGUCAAACCCACCAGAAUAGACGGGCCGGAGGACUCCAUGUUUGGCCUGUCUGUGGAAAACCUGGGAGACAUUAAUCAGGAUGGUUACCAUGAUUUUGCGGUGGGAGCCCCGUAUGACGAUGAAGGCGCAGGAAACGUCUUCAUCUACCACGGAGCCGACGCAGGUCUCAAAUCCAAGAAAGCUGCACAGAUUCUAUCUGGCAAGCCUUUAGGAGUGAAGAUGUUUGGCUACUCCUUAGCUGGCAACAUGGACCUGGAUAAGAACUCCUACCCGGACUUGGCUGUUGGAUCCCUCUCUGACGCUGUCUUCGUCUACAGAGCUCGCCCUGUCAUUGCCAUUAAGAAGGAAGUCAAGAUCACGCCAAAGGAAAUCGAUCUGACGAAGAAGAACUGUGGGAACAGCUUCUGCCUGAAUGUUGAAGCUUGCUUCACCUACACGGCCAAUCCCAAGACUUACUCUCCCAGGCUGACUGUUGCAUACGCCAUGGCGGUUGACGCUGAGCAAAGGAAGAAGAACCUCAUCCCCCGGGCUUCCUUCCUUCAAGAUGCGGCCUCUGGAAACAGCUACGAGUCCACAGGGACCCUGGUCAUCGAUGGACAAGGACGAAGACAAUGUGUCUCACGUUCCAUCGCCUUCCAGGACAAUAUCCGUGACAGACUGCGAGGGGUCCCCAUCGACGUGGACGUUGACAUCCUGGAUGCCAAACGUAAACGUCGGCAGAGUUCAUCUGAGAUGCCACCUGUCCUGGACGUGGUAGACAAAGUGCCAGCUCGCUCGGAGGUGCAGUUUGUGAAGGAGGGUUGUGGAAGUGACAACAUUUGCCGCAGUAACCUAAAGGUGGCUCAUCGCUAUGGUUACAGGGCAACAGACGAUGAGACUUUUACUCCAUUACCACUGGAGAACGGUGUACCGGUGAUCUCGCUGAGCAACCAGAAAGACGUGGCCUUGGAGGUGAAGGUGAACAACAAGAAUGGAGACGACGCACACGAAGCAUCGGUGGUGGCCUCCUUACCGCGUUACCUCACCUACGCCGCAUACCGCGGUCCUAAGGUACGUUUGUUUUCACGCACACACUCAUCCCACGUUGUGGUUGUGAUGGGAAAACACUGCUUCCAGGAUGUAACUUGCACGGCCAACAAGAACGGUUCUAAGGCCACGUGUGAACUGGGAAACCCCUUCAAACGAGACUCUGAGACAACAUUCUACAUCAUUCUGAGUACAGUAGGGAUCUCACUGAACACAACUGAACUGGAGGUUGACCUUCAGCCCAGAACCACCAGCGAGCAGGCCUCACUAGCUGCAGUCAAAGCCAAAGCAAACGUGGCCAUCCUGCUGCAGCUGUCCAUGUCAGGACAAGCUCAGCCCUCUCAGGUGUAUUACUCUGGAAAAGUCAAGGAUCAGAAUUCCAUGAAGAGCGAGGGUGACAUAGGAACUCCAGUCACGCACCAGUUCAGAAUCCUCAACCUAUCAAAGCGUCUGGCAGACUUUGGCACUGCCACGCUGCACAUUGACUGGCCCAAGGUGACGGACAAAGGCAAGUGGCUGCUCUACCUCACCAAGAUCACCUCCACAGGUGUGCGGCACAUGGAGUGCUCCCCCAAGUCAGAGAUCAACUCUCUCAAAAAGGAAGCAGGUACCAUGCGGAGCAGGAGGGCCGCACAGAAGGUCAGAGGUGGUGAUGAGGCCAUUAUUUCACGCUUGGUGGACAAGAACUCUGCUAAAAUUCUGUCAUGUGAUGACGGGGCCAAGUGUGUGAAGAUCAAGUGUCCCCUGCGGGGCAUAGACAGUAAUGCAGUCAUCACCGUACACUCCCGCCUGUGGAACAGCACCUUGGUGGAGGACUACAGCAAGGUGCAUCAUGUGGAGGUGCUGGUGAAGGCACUGCUGCAGAUGGAGAGCACCAGAAAGAACAUGGUGGUGCAGAAUGCUGAGACACAGCUGAGAAUAACCGCCUUCCCCGAGCGUCGUGAGGCCAGCUACGGCGGCGUGCCCUGGUGGAUCAUCUUCCUGUCCGUGCUGCUGGCGCUGCUCCUGCUGGCGCUGCUCAUCUUCCUGCUGUGGAAGUGUGGCUUCUUCAAGAGGAACAAACAGCUUCCACGUUACACCGCCGUACGCAUUCCAAGCAAGAACAGAGAUGUCAACAACACCCGCUGGCAGAACGUGGACAAGAAGUCCUGGAGGACAACCUGGCAUGACAAUGAACAUUAUUCACAAUCCAAAGUAUUUGCCUAAAAGGACGCUCAUGUAAAUAUCACCUCUUUGUGCUUCAGGGAUUAUUAGUUAUUACAUUGCAAUCUUUGACUUUUUAUAUUUAUUCACUUCAACCUCCUUUGUUACGUGGAAGACACACCACUGCAUUGUUCUGUUAGUACUUCUAUAA